AUGUUGCCAAUAAACUACGAAAUCCCUGACCCUGAGCUCUCAGAGCUCGGACGGCAGCAAUGCCAACAGCUGAGCCAGAACCUCCGCGAGAAACUGCCCAAGGACCUCGACGUCGGCCUCAUCCUGUGCAGCCCCAUGCGGCGCACCUGCGAGACCACGAUGCUGGCCCUCGGCGACUGGGCGGCGGAGAAGGGCAUCCCCAUCCAGGCCCACGCGGGCUGGCAGGAGAACUCGGCCAAGCCGUGCGAUACCGGCUCGCCCAUCGCCGCAGUCGCCGCCGAGUUCCCCAAGAUCGACUUCAGCCACGUCGACCCCGUCUACCCCGACAAGACCUCGCCGGCCGGCGAGAAGUACGCGUACGUCAAGGAGCACCUGCUCGCCCGCGCCCAGUCCAGCCUGCGCCACCUGUACGGCCGCCCCGAGAAGGCCAUCAUCGUGGUCUCCCACUCUGGCUUUAUGCGGCAGGUUCUCACGGGCGACUGGUUCUUCAACGCAGAUUACCGUAUCUACGACUUUGCCGAGAAGGAGGACGGCGUGGACAAGCUAUCCCUGAAGCAGUGGGACCUCACGAAGAGCGGUCAUGGCGGCAUGGGCUGGAGCUGGGAUGAAGUCGUGGAGAUUGGCGUUGGGCUCCCGGAGCACGCGCUGCCUCCUACCGAAGAGGAGCCGUUGCCCGCUGGUGUCAGGCCCAACUGA